UGAAUUUAAAUUGAAUUGAAACAGUUUUUCUAUGUGUAGCAGAGAAAGUGCCUGACCAGGGAAGACUCUUGGUCAGGCAUAAGAAGUAUGACACUGUGAGUCAUUAUGAUGGGAUUUGUUGCUAAUAGAGUAUCUAAAUAUUGCCAAUGGAGUAUAUAAUAUAGUCAGGUCUAAAGGGUUAUAAUACGUGCAUAAGCAGGUUCAGCUAGAAACAUGCAGGUUUGUAGUCCUUGGCCUUGCAGCAUGUACAAUUCCAAAGGAACAAAGCAUCCGUGGAACUACUUUAGGAUUUUAUCUCUGCAUGUGAAUCUUGGCACUUUUACUCACCUGCUCAAAAAUGAGUGUUCCAGUCUUUGCUCUUGAUGUACUAUGCAGACCUCCCUGCUGUGAGAGGGGGAAUCUGUCUGGAAGCUGCCUACAACCUUGGGAGACCAGUUGGCCCCAUCUCCAGCAGCAUUUUUACCCUUUUGCAAGCCAUUGUGCACCAAAGUCUAUCUCAAUCAUCAGAGCUCCCCAUCAUGGAAUGCAUUAACUGUUCAUACCCAUCCAAUUAUAUGGACCAAAUGAAGCCAAACAAAUACAGCGUCAUUUAUUCUACACCAAGUAUGUUGCACAAUAAAUUCUACUCCAGCCCUGAAGGACUAUCAAAUGGAAUCCAGAUGGAGCCAGUAGACCUUACGGUAAAUAAACGGAGCUCACCACCUUCAACUGGAAGUUCUCCAUCCCCACUAAAAUUUCAGACUGUGCAUAGGAGAACUUCACCUGGAUUGACUCUGUCCUCACCCAGCUCGCCUCUCAGUAAAUUCACACCAUCACCCCCAGGAGUACAGCCUAUUUCUAUGCCAAUAACAAUCCCACCUGUAAUGGCCGCUGCUCUUUCACGCCACGGACUGAGAAGCCCUGGAAUACUCCCAGUUAUACAGCCUGUUGUGGUCCAGCCAGUUCCUUUUAUGUAUGCUCCCCAUCUCCAGCAGCCCAUCAUGGUGUCCACAGUUCUUGCAGAUGAGAUGGAAACUCCGAGUAGCAUGCAAGUGCCUGUCAUUGAGUCUUAUGAGAAGCCUACACUGAAGAAAACAAUCAAAGUAGAGCCAGGAAGUGAACCAUCGAAGACUGACUUCUAUCCUGAACAAAUGUCACCUCCAAUGAUGACCUCAUUGUCUCCCCAGCAAGUAAUGUUGCAAGAGAAUCACCCUUCAGUUAUAGUUCAGCCAGGAAAGAGACCUUUACCUGUGGAAUCUCCGGACACACAAAGAAAACGUAGAAUACAUCGAUGUGAUUAUGAAGGCUGCAACAAAGUCUACACUAAAAGCUCCCAUCUGAAGGCUCACCGAAGAACCCAUACAGGUGAAAAACCGUACAAAUGCACUUGGGAGGGAUGCACAUGGAAGUUUGCUCGUUCUGAUGAACUAACGCGGCAUUUCCGCAAGCACACAGGAAUCAAACCUUUUCAGUGCCCAGACUGUGACCGUAGCUUUUCCCGUUCGGACCAUCUUGCUCUUCACAGAAAACGCCACAUGCUAGUCUGAAUGUCUUCUGUCCCUGACUCCUGUCACACUUUUUUUGUUUUUUACACAUGCAUUUUAAUUUGGAUUCAGCUGGUCUGGAUCUCUGAAUUUAUACCAUUAAAAGCUUACAUAUGGUCAGUAACAGAUGUUAUCUAACCCUCCUAUGUCCUUGCCACGGGUCAGACCUAAAGAAUGUGAAUACUUCUUUUUUUUUCUCUCCUGGGGAUGCUAAGCAAACCCUUUCUACAUUCAGUAUGUUUAAUGUAUUCCAUUUGUGAAUAAGGGAAUUUGUAAACUAACGGCUUUUGUUGGUUUCUUCAUAUAAUCAACCCAGAAUAUACUGAUAAAGUAGUAAAUGUUAUUGAAUAUCCAAAAUGCUAGUCCUUGCCAGACACUUUCAUUUAUGUGCCCAGUAAGGGAUACACUCUCAUUUUAUGCUCAACAAUGCAAUGAAUGAACUCUCCUGGCCAUGUUGAUUUCUGCAAUGUGGUUAAUGCAACAGUUUUAGAAAGACACUUGAUUUAGAAAUCCCCUCUGCCCAAACAGUGAGUAACGCUGAGGAAAUAAAUCUAAACAGUGUAAUUACUUUACAGAAGGAUUGAGUCAUAGUAUCAUUUACCCCAGUCAAGAAGAAAAAUUGGCAGGAAUGGGUCCGUACAUAACACUGUGCAUCUAAACCAAUAUCAUCUGUCAUUUGUAUUAUAGUGUAGUAGAUAUCCUUGUUUUUAUUGGAUAAUGCCCCAGUGGAUUUGUUAAAUGAAGACCUUGAGUGACACUGUAUGUCUGGUUUCUGUGCAAGUGUAUGGGUGGAACACACAGUCAAGAAAACAGCCUGAAGCUGAGUCAGGGGAGAUUUAGGUUGGAUAUCAGGAAAAUGUUUUUCACCCAGAGGGUGGUUGGGCACUGGAACAGGCUCCCCAGGGAAGUGGUCACAGCAUGAAGACUGACAGAGUUCAAUAACUGUUUGGACAAUGCUCUCAGGCACAUGGUGUGACUCUUGGGGAUGGUCCUGUGCAGGGCCAGCGGUUGAACUAGAUGAUCUAAAUGGGUCCCUUCCAAGUCAAGAUAGUCUAUGAUUUUAUUGUACUCUCCUGUGACUUGGCAUUACAUGAUAUUCAUAGAAAUCUACUGCACCUCAUUUCAGGGAUAUAGACUAUCCCCCUGCAAUCAUGCCCCUGCAUUUCCUCUAAAUAAUUUUUCUCUUUACUGUACCUCAGAAAAUAGCAAUCAUUAUGUCAAAAAUGCUCUGAACUGUGAGUACUACUUUAAUACACUACAGUAUUUAAAAUUAUUAAUCCACAAUAUUUUUGUAAGAAGAUGGCGUCCGAUAUGAUGCACUUCUGAUAAAUUGAGUCAUGUUUCUGUUUUGGAUAAAAAUGUACACCAAAUCAUCCAUUUCCUAACUCUGAUUUGUGACUCUGGUAGUCUCUCUUUGUAGGUAGGCAAAGCUUCCAUGUAGAUGUGUCUGUUGCAUUAAAACUUCACAUCAGCAAGUCUUAAUUCCCAUGUCUGUUAGCAGACAGAACUCCAUAGGUAAAAUAAAUUGAAUUCAAGCAGCCUGCAGUUGAUCCCAGAUAUUUUUCCAUCUGGGAGCCCUCUGAAAGGAAGGUUUCUGUCUAUAUUAGCUGGUAGACUUUGUGGCACUGCAAGGGAACAGGAUGUGUUUCUCCACACUCUUAUUGCACCAGUGCGUUUUCCUUCAUUGUUCUAUGCAACAUAAACACUAUUCCCUGCAAGAUUUUUCUUUCUCUUGGAAAAUCCCACUGGACAAUGGAGGUUUGAGGAGAGGAAGAGUUGCAUAGAGCUCUGCAGGAGGAGGCAGGUGGAGUGUCCAUCUGCAGGUGGGUAUAUUUGAGCUUAUGGAGCAGUUAGGCUGUGCUUCUACAGUCUGUGUAGUCCAACAGCAAAAAAAUAAUCUUGGAGAUGCAAGAGUGUGAAUGCAAAGAGCCUUCCCUUGGUGAUAGACUUUACCACCUGUUCUGCUGACAUCCACAUACCCAUAGAAUAAGAGGAGAGGUCUGUACUCCUGGAGAAAAACGCUGCAACAGCAAUUUCUAUGAAAUAGAAAGUGUUCCAGUUGUUAACAACUCUUGCAUUGGGUAUAUGGAACUGGCAAUUUUAUUUAAGGAAUAGAGCCCUGAACAUGUGCUCUACAAAGGGGAGAGCAGAGAUUUGCAAAGCAGGGCUGGGAACAUUCGUGCUUUUGUGAGGAAGAUCCAUAUGCUUUGUUACAGCUACAAACAUCCUCGCCACUUCAUUAGGGCUGAGGGAAGUAACACUGUGUCUUCUUGUAAUUGACCCUGAUCUGCUCAUCUAUGGUGCUGAAAAACUUGGGACAUUAAUUGGUCUUUUUUUUUUUUUGGUAGGCCAAAUUGUUAUUGACAUUGAGGAACUUGUAGGAAGGAGACAGAUAUUAAUAAACAGCUCUUCCAGAUUGGAGAUUUUUGUUGGAUAUUUUUAUUGUCAGUGGUAGCAGAAUUGGCUUUUUAAUGGCAGUUUUGUAAAUAUAGGUGCAUCACUGCUGAGAGGCUGUGUAGAACCUUAUGGCAUCAGUCACAAGUUUACAGACAUUUAGUAUCCUGGAAUGAAAACAAUUCUCUGUUCCAUUCUAGGGGAAAAAGCAGAUACUAUAAAAAUAAGCAGCUUCAUGGCAACUGGUCCCAUUUUUAGCUUAACAAAUGCAAAUGCAUAAAAUUUGGGAUGUUUAAGGAACAUUUCUUUCCAGUGCUCUGUUUCUCUUUUGAGGCUUUUAUAAAAUGUUUUCAUUAAUAUGUUCUCUUUUUAAGUAUUUUUUUUUAAAUCAGAAACAAAGAUCAAGUACCCUAAAAGCAGUACUUCUUUGUAACUAAGAGUUAUUUCAGAUAAUUUAGUCUAGGUUAUAUGCUAUGUUAAUUCAUAGCUUAUGUACAUUUUUCCUGAAAAUACUUAUGCUAAUGGUGGAGACAAAUACACUGGAGAUGCAAUAGAACUUUAAAAUAUCUUCAUCCAUGUGCCUUGUGAAUUAGGACAAGAGAAAUUUAAAUAUAAAAUGUAAGUAUUUGAUAUUAUUUCAUUUAAAUGCCUUCCUUAUAGGAUUUUUCACUUAUGUCUGUGAUGUCUUUGUGGGAUGUCAAAAAGGUCACGAACAAAUACACUUUGAUCUUUUAGCUGAAUGUGAAGUUACAACUUAACCAGCUCAUCUUGAUUUUAGCAAACUUCGAUUUGAGGGAUACCUUGUAAUUUUUAAAUAUACACAACUACUUUUCAAAGCCAAUCCUUCCAUCUUUGCCCUAAAGAAAAGCCAGUUGAGAUAGAAAACCCUAGUUCUGGAGAAUGUGUAUAAUUAAAAACCCCACCUUUUUCCCUAGUUGUAUUGCACUGGGCAGCUUAUAACAGGCAAUACUGUUCUAUGAAAAUGUGCCUGUUUAAGCCAUUUGUUCAUAAUAAAUUACUGGUUUCUAAUACAAAAAGUUAAGCAUGUAUUAAUGUGUGAGGUUUAUUUAAAUAUACACCCACCAUUCCGCAGUGAUAUUUCAAAUGCUACAUCUUGUCCAAAUAUGUUGUUGUUGCUGUCAAGGUUAGCAACAUGUAGAUGAAUAUAAAUCCUUUCUAUAAAAAUUUACAAAGCAUGUUAAAUCUCUUAAGAGGGCUACACCAGUUUUCAUUAUAUUUUACAGAUAUUAGCACUUUUUAAAAUGUAAUUUAAAGGGUCAAAAUAAUCUUUUUGCUUAGCAUCUCUCACCUGCAAAUAUAGCAAGGAUGUUUUAUUUACUUUAAUACUUCUAUAAACUAUGCAGAAUUUUUUAAAUAAAAUGUAAUAUAUUUUAUAAGCUAAUAAGACAGAAUGGGUAAUUAAAGGUUUCUAGCGUGCAUUACUAUAACUUGCAAAUAUGGAAACAUUUUAGUAAUCUUUUCUUACUAAAGAUGUGAAUGUUUAAUGUACUUUCACUGUUUCUACUUUGGUAGUCCAAUGGGAAUUCAGUAAUGACAUUUUGUCAUGUCAAACUGUGAACAUAAAUUUGUACUGUACAGUCCUCAUACUAUAUUUAGUAUACAGUUCAUAUGUAUUAUACUUGUUAAUAAAACACUCAGAAUAUU